CUGCGCGCCCGGCGCGGCGAUGGCGGAGCGCGGGGCUGCGGCGGUCGCGCGCUCCCGGUCGCUGUUCCUGUGGGAUGACGGAAGCCCGAUGCGGUUCUACGUGCGGCCGGGGCUGGCCAAGCUGCGCCUGGCGCCCCUGGUGCUGGCGGGAGGCGGGCGUCUGUGCCGCGUGCAGGAGCCGGGAGCCGUGCUCCUGGCACAGCCCGGCGAGGCGGCGCCCGGCGGGGCCGUCUCCACCGACUACGUGACGGAGUGCGUGGAGCGCAACCGGCGGCUGCCGCUGGAGCCGUUCCGGCUGCCCGCCUCGCCCGCCGCCGCCCCGCGCGGUCGCCUCGCGUUCACGGAGGCGGAGGACGCGGCUUUGCUGCGGGCCGUGCGCGGGCGGGGCGAGGCGCGGGCGAGCGGCCGGGCGCUGUGGCAGGAGCUGGAGCGAGACGGCCUGACGCGGCACAGCUGGCAGGCCAUGCGCCACCGCUACCUGCGGCACCUGAGGCCGCUGCUUCGGGAGCCCCGACAGACGGAGGAGCUGGCGCACAGCACAGGUCUUUUCGAGGCAGCGAACCGCGAGUUCGAAAGCACGGAGUCAGGAAGUGACACUUCAGAUAUUUUAGAAGAACUUUCUACACAAGAUGGAAAGUCUCCCAGAGAAACAGCAUCCGGUUUGAAAACUGGACCGGAGGACUCUGCUCACCCUGAUGCUCAAACAGAAAACCAACCAACAAGCACUUGCUCUUCAUCCAGUGCAGUGGGAGAAGUAGUGAAAACUAUGCAGCAGUUCAUGGAGCAGUUUGGUUUGGACCUGUUCACCGUUACACAGGCCUUUCUGAAAAACACUGGUGAAGUGGAGACGACUUUAUACUUCCUGCAAACGGGGCGGCGCCUGGAUGGGUACCCUGUAUGGAGCAGAGAGGAUGAUUUGGAAUUGCAAAAAGAUGAUGAAUGUGUCAGAAAUAAAUUGGUAGCAAAAUUUGGAGCUGAAAAUGUAGCAAAGCGGGUAGCAUUUAGGAAAAGUUAGAUAACAAAGCAUAGGGGAAUGCCUGGUCUAGGACUGCAGCAGGAGCUUAAAAAGACUUUCAGAAUUGCAGUGGAAAAUUUAAUGCAACAUUCUGAAGUUUCAGAAGUGCUGUCAGUUGGGUUGGGUUUUUUUUGGUAAAAGGCCUAUCUUGUAUUUAAUUUUUAUCUGUAAUACUGUGUACACUAAAGAUUUAAAAGUAGAAAAUGGUGGAGAGCUUCUAUACAGUACCAAGUUUUAACUGAAAAUUUGCUUUCUACUAUAUAAACCAGCUGACAGUCCUAGCUGUGCAUUGCUGCACGCCAAGGAUUUUGAAUAGGGUUGGCACCAGCAUCAGCUAGUCACAUUAAGUGCUUUAACCUGUAACACAUUAUUGCUGCACAGUAGCAACCUGCUCUCUGUUGUGUAUCUGCAUGGGUGAUCGUUUAAUAACCUCCUCUAUCAGCUGUCA